AUGACCAACACUUCUCCCCGAAAGAGCAGCGCCUUUGCACCCUUCGCAGCAGUGGAGAUCCCCUUCUCUUCCAUUCCCGCCGCUGGGACACCCGAAUAUGCCGAGUUUGUCGCCCACUACCUUUCCUCUGCAUUUGCUUUCGUUCGCGGCACUCCAGAAUGGAACAAGACCAAGGCCUUCAACACCGACAUCGGCGGCAAUGUCCAAUGCAAGAUCCUUCCAAGUCAAGUUCAACAACUCGCAAAGAAAGGCUGGCAUCUGCGCGAGUCCCAACACGGCCCCGAAUAUGGCUUGACAUUCGAGGACUUUAGAAGGUACCUACGAUUUCAGCACCCUACCUUCGAGAGACAGUACAUCCAAGACAUUACCUUGGUCGAGUGCGUCCACAAGGUCAAGAAGGAUGAAACCGAGAUUUGGCACAAUGCUUACAGAGACUUUGUCCAGAUGCUUCUCACCAUCGACCUUCCACCUCAUCCUGAGCCAUUCUCCGAAGCACACCAAGCCGCCACUCUCGCUUGGGUCCGUGACCCUAGCCGCACCAUCGACCCUCCUUCCGCCUCCACCGAACCUGCGUAUCGCUCCUUCUUAGUCCUCCAAAUCCCUAUCUCCCACCCCGACUAUCCACAAAAGCUACCCAAAGUUCGCGCGGUCUACUCGUCCUUCGAAGCUGUAUUUGAAGCUCCGGCUGCAGAUGAGCAAGGAGCAAAGGCGGUGAACUGGAAGAUGGCCGUUCAAUCAGACACGAGAGGAAGGAUUCCAACAAUGAUGCAAGAGAUGGCUAUGCCCGGUGAGAUCGCACACGACGUUCACGCCUUUAUCGGUUGGGCGAACAAGUACAAGGCUGAGAACCCCCCUGCGGCUAACAACUGA